AAACAGGAAAUUUCUUCAUUGGAUAGAGACUAAGUUAUGUCUCCAAUAUCAACAGUGUGUUUGAAAAAUCCUAGCUUUGUGCCAGUACUGCUUGUUAGGUUCACUACUGUCCUAACACUGAGAUAUCACAACAUUUUUUUCAACAUAGUGAUCAAAUUAGACGUGUACUAAGUGGCCGCCUCCCCAACUUCCUUGCACUUAACUUUGAAAUUUUAGCACCCCAAAGAAACUAGUUACUCCAUCAACAUCUUACUGGUAUCUUCUUCUUCUUCUUCUUCUGUUAUAUAUACUUAUAAGUUUCCACUCCUCAACCUUGCAUUUCAAAGGAAAAAUAUGGGUUUCCAAGUGGUAGCACAAGGCAGGGCUCACCAACCGUGCGCUGCUUGUAGGAUGCUUCGCCGGAAAUGUGAGAGUGAUUGCUUGCUUGCGCCAUACUUUCCGGCUGAAGAGGCUGAGAAGUUUGCUGGCGUGCAUAAAGUAUUUGGUGCCAGCAAUGUCAUCAAAAUGAUUCAGAUGGUGGAGGAGACAAGCAGGGAGGAUGCUGUCAAAGCCAUAGUCUAUGAAGCAACAGCCAGGCUCAGAGACCCUGUGUAUGGCAGUGCUGGAGCUAUUUUCCAUUUGCAAAAGAUGGUUCAGGAACUCAAGGUGCAAUUGGAAUCUAUAAGUGCUCGAGUUCUGGAGUCACAAGCACAAAGAGACGAGCUUUUAGGACUUCUUAGGAAUGUCAAUCACCUCGAUCGUCUUGUCCAUCCCAUUAAUGCCCCAGUGCUUGAUGAAGGCAGUUUUAUGUUAGAUGAUGCUGCGUUAAUGGCCUAUGAUCCUGUCAAAUUUCCAGCAGAGUGUGACUGGUUUUUAUUAGAAGAAUAAAAAAACCCACAUAAAAAAAUAUUUUACAUAGAAGACUAGUGAACACAAAAGUAUAUAUCCUUAGGUAAAAGGUGAACCAUAUAUAUUAGGAAGCAGGUGAAUUGAUUUAUUGUAAUAACAAAUAAUCUUUAGGACUAGCGAGUUAAACUUUGUGAAGAACUACACAUUUUCAGUGUGGAAAUAACCUAAUAAGUUGUCAAUUUGUUUCAUGAUGUAAUGGUAGGAUCAAAUUCUUGUCAAUGAUUACUUAAUUUAUUGGUGAUAUUUU